AUGGCAGCCUCCAUGAUCACCUCGCCGAUUGUGGCGCCGACGAGCGUGCCGUCCCUCUCCCGCCGGGGCUCCUCCUUCGCCGUCGUCUGCAGCGGUGGCAAGAAGAUCAAGGUCGAUAAGCCCCUCGGACUCGGAGGCGGCUUGACAGUCGACAUCGACGCCAACGGCAGGAAGGUCGGCAAGAAGGGCGUGUACCAGUUUGUUGACAAGUACGGUGCCAACGUCGACGGCUACAGCCCAAUCUACACGCCAGAGGAAUGGUCUGAGUCUGGUGACCGCUACGCCGGCGAACGACCGGGCUUCUUAUCUGGGCCGUCACCCUCGCCGGCCUCCUCGGCGGCGGCGUCCUCCUCGUCUACAACACCAGCGCUCUCGCCGGCUAAGAGAGCAUCUACGUGUAACACAGGGCCGGGUCUCUGCUUGCAUGCACGUCUCUGUAAUCUGCGUAGCUACCUCCUGUGA